AUGUUUACAAAAUUUCAAGAUCAUCCUGUACUUAAUGAUCGUUAUCUACUUUUAAGUCUGAUUGGUAAAGGUGGUUUUAGCGAAGUACAUAAGGCCUUCUGCUUAAAAGAACAACGUUAUGUUGCUGUUAAAGUUCAUCAACUAAAUAAAGAAUGGAAAGAAGAAAAGAAAGCAAAUUAUAUCAAACAUGCUUUACGUGAAUGUGACAUUCUUAAAACACUUGAUCAUCCUCGUAUUGUUCGUCUUUAUGAUGUAUUUGAAAUCGAUACAGAUUCAUUCUGCACAGUUCUAGAAUAUAUUGAAGGAAAUGAUAUAGACUUUUUCUUAAAACAACAUAAAGUUAUACCUGAAAAAGAAGCACGUUCUGUUGUUAUGCAAACUGUAAGUGCAUUACGUUAUUUAAAUAAUGGUAUCAAGCCGCCUGUAAUACAUUUUGAUCUUAAACCGGCAAAUAUUCUCUUGGGUUCGGGUACAAGUAGUGGCGAAAUAAAAAUAACAGAUUUUGGUUUAAGUAAACAAAUGUGUGAAGAUACAUAUGAUCCUGAACAUGGAAUGGAUUUAACAUCACAAGGAGCUGGAACUUAUUGGUAUUUACCACCUGAAGUAUUUGUUCAAGGACCAAAUCCACCUAAAAUCUCAUCAAAAGUUGAUGUAUGGAGUUUAGGUUGUAUCUUUUUUCAAUGUUUAUAUGGACGAAAACCUUAUGGCCAUAAUCAAUCUCAAGCUGCUAUACUUGAAAAUCAAACUAUAUUAAAAGCUAAAGAAAUUGAAUUUCCAGCUAAACCAAUUGUAUCCGAUGGAGCUAAAACAUUCAUAAAACGAUGUUUAACAUAUAAUGUUCGUGAUCGGCCUGAUGUGAAUCAAUUAGCUGAUGAUGAAUAUUUACGUUCAUAUCCAAAACGUACGACAACAAAUGCAUCAGCUCGAACAGCUCAAUUAACGAUGAAUGAUGGUUCAAAUUAA